UCAAUGUUAAAUGCCUUCGAUGCAACCACUGCAAGUAUUUUCGCCCGAUCUUGACCAAAGCAAGAACUGGUUUGCUUUAUCAAAGGAUCUGUGUGGUGCUCCUCCCAGGAAUUUACGCCGACGGAGCAUCGAUGAUUCUACGUUUUUGAAAUCAGAAGGAUUCCUAGCGAUCAAAGCCCUUAUUAACCAAAAGGGCUUUCAUUCACACCCAAWUUGUAAUUCGGAACAUUCCAACACCAAACUUUCUUUCAUAACGCAAUCAAAAGUCUACGGCAGCAAUAAUUCUGCACCAGCAAUACCAGAAACACCAAAAGGUCAGUCACCAAAUGCCUCAGAUGCCGGAAGCUCUCCGAAAUUAUACCUAUCGCCUUCAAAUUCGUCUUCGUCUUCCUCUUUGUCUUGCUCUUUCAAGGAAAUAGAGGAACACGAUUACAAGCCAGAAUAUAAAAAAAGAAAGAUCAGGGAAAAAUGUGAAAACAUUAUGAAAGAAAUUCACAAGAUUUGCGAUGACAAURGCGAAACGUURUGCAAUGUUUUGUCGCGUUGUUGUGUUCUUUCCAGGGGUGAACUUCCAAAUAGGAGUAGGAAGAUUAUCCAGGAUGUCAUUUAUGAAGUUGAGAACACUUUUGGAAUAAAGAAGACCCUUCAGGAAUGCAUACCAAAAGAAAUCGUCGAAAAGCAAGUCCAGGCUAUGACUGUACCAGACUGGCAGCUUCUCUUGCUAAAAUUGCAAAUCCCAAUUUCGGAUGAUGGAUGGCAAAAAAUCUUAAAUGUCACUGAGUUAGGAAAAAAAGGUGUAAGUUCUAAUCUUGACCAAUCAUAUCGUUUGUUUUCACUACGUUCCUUGACUUGACUCCACGAAUUGUUAGAUGGUUACUUUAUAUAUUCAUCAUUCGUCAUUAACAAUUAUGUCGUCGAAGCAAGGGCGCCAGGGCAACCAUAACAGUUUUGAAUGAUAUUACAACGAUUGUAUUUGUUAUAACUUUGAGUAUCUUAGAAAUUCACUUAUCUGACUUCUUUGUGUAUAUCUUGAGUGUAUUCAGAAUUCCCUUGGAUACAUAGAUAGAUUUUUGGCGAUUUGUGGGCAAUUUUCUCCACUCCUAAAGGUCAAAAGCUGUACGUGUUUAUUUCAGUACGCCACGUUAUUCAACGGCCGUUAGUUACGUACUGGUAUGUACCGUCCGCUUAUGCAACCACGCGAUGUAAUCUACG